AUGAAUUUCUAACAGUCUAAUAAGGUUUCUCAAAUUAGAUCGCAAAUAAACGUUGCUGUCCAUACUCUCCUAGCUAAGCACUUGCCCACUGAUCUUAAGAAGAACUCAAUUUAACUUGAAUCCCCCUCGGAUAUUCUGUAUUCGAAAACAAGAAACUUGUAUGUGAUUGCAAACUUAGGCAAUAAUACCAUAUCCUUGCUCGAUGCCAAGGAUCUCAACUUGAAGACUACGUUUGGAAUAGCUUAUAACAAUUCUGUAAAUGGAAUGGGGAACACUGCCAGUAGCAGCACCAGAUCAUCUCUGAACAUGAAGACUAUAGAUGGGUUUCAUAGUGCUUGCUGCUUCAAUCAGCCUCAUGGCUUAGCAUUCUCUAAGGAUGAGAACUAUAUAUUCGUAGCUGAUACCGAUCAUCACUCAGUGAGGAUCAUUGACAUAGACAACUAGAUUUGCUCUACAAUUGCAGGUGACUAUAAAUAAAGAGGACAGAUUGCUAUGGGGUUAUUAGAUAAUACAUUGCUGGAGGAGCCUCGAGGUCUCUGCUUAGACUCUUAUGGAAAUAUCUUCGUAACUUGCAAGUCUGCAGUCGUCUAUCUUGAUUUGGAGAGGUAGAUAUCGUAGCUGAUUGCAGGUGAUGUUCGAUAAUUUGGCUUUAAGGAUGGUAACUUUAAGACUUCAGCCAUGUUUGAUCACCCAGAUGGAAUAGUAAGUCUUGUUGAUUCAACUGGCAGUCCUAUGCUGAACGGGAUACUAUUAGUUGCUGAUACCUAUAAUCAUAGAGUAAGGCUGCUGGAUUUGGAUAAUUAAAAAGUGUCCACUCUAUGUGGCACUGGCAUUGUUGGUGAUCCUGGCCAUGUAGAUGGAGCCUGUGCCAGAUCUAAGCUGAACUUUCCGUAAAAGCUAAUUGUUGAAAUUACUUAAGACAAGAAGAUACUCUAUAUAACUGAGUUGAAUGAUUGCAUCAGAGUGGUUGACUUAGACAAGAGAGAGAUUGAAACACUGUGUGGAGGAUUCUAUAAUAAAAACGGCCUUAAGGAUGGAGAUGGCAAAGAAACUCUUAUGAAUUUCCCUUAUGGAAUUGCAUGUAUAGAACCUAGAAAGAAAUAUAUCAUAACUGAAUCAGAUAAUCACAGUUUAAGAAUAAUAGAAUUCAAGGAACCCUAGAUUAAGCAAAUAUAACCAUAUGAAACAGGCCAACAGUAGAAUCUGUUUUAAUAGAUUGAGGACAAGUAUUUAAAGCACUCUACUAACUCAAUGGGCAAUCCUGUGUUUGCCUAGAACGAGCAAAUUUUAGCUUAAAAUCUUAUAAGUAAUAAGGAUAGACUAGCAGAUGAAUAAAGAAGGUCUUAUGGAUCAGAUGGCUCAGUUGAGGUAAUGACGAACAAGACAAGCGUCGUGACUCCAAGGUUUAAUUAGUCUACCUAUUAAAUGCUAAUGAGUGUGCAGAAAUCUUCUGCUGGUUCUGUCACUGAGACUGUUCUGCAAUUGAUAUAGACAUAUAUGAGUACAAGUGGGAUCUCAAAGGAUUUAAAAGUUAAAGAUACCUUGAAUGCUAUCUCUCAUAUCUUAUGUAUAAUUCUGCAGAUUACUGAUCUGCCUCAGGAUGAAGAUUUUACCAUCAUUCUUAAAAACACUCUGUUUCUGAUUGAAAACAUUCCUGAAUGCGAUCCUUAGGAGCUGACACCUUAAGAUGCUCUGGACAUUGCGACCUUGGUAUCUUAGUUGUCUCUGAGAUCUGAGGUAAAACUCCCAGGGAUUAGGUCUCUAUUCUAGUGGAUAGUUGACUUUGAGAAAGCUGUGGCUUACCUUAAUACCAAAGCAAGCACAAUCCUUUAAAAUAAGGGGUCUCCCACUUAAUCUAAUGGCAGUCAAAAUCCAUAUGCGUAAAUAAACCAGAAUGAAAACACCAGAUAUCAACAGCAUUCAUAAUCAGUCACUAAUGAUAAAGAGAAUAACGAGAGACGGUAUCAUUAACAGCAGUACUAUCAUUCCCAGUAUGCUGAGAGCUACAUCCUAGAAGACUCAAAGGAAGAUGAGAAAAGUGAGAUUUUAGACAAUCCAUAUUAGUAAUAGCUUUAAAUCCAACAGCAGCAACAUCUAUAAUAGCUAGCUGAGUAGUAAAAGUAGAAUUAACAACAACAGCAGUAAUAAAAGGUGCUAUUAACUGACCAUCUAAAAUAAGAGGAAUAACUAAGAGAAAUAGAUUUUGAUGAUGACAAUAAUUAAUUUGAUUCAUAACCUUCAACAAGAAGAUCUUAGCAAGAUGAAUUUUAAUAAAUUGUAUAUGAGUAAAUUUAGCAGCAGAUUUAACUUUAACAAUAAUAAGUUCAACAGCCAGUAAAGUAAUAGUAACAACAGACUCCAUUGUUUAAAUAGCAGGCAAUCAAUAGUAACUAAAGCUAGACUCAUUCUACCUCUGCAUUUUAACAGACCAAUUAAUAGCAACCUCUAUCAGACAGAUAAGUGCCUUCAACUUAAAAGAAGAAUGCCACUGAGUAAAGAAUUCAGCCUUAGUCAAACCAUUAAAAGCUGCAGCAAUUGAAACAGUCUCAAACUUAAAACAAUAAAAAUACCAAUGUAAUUUCUCCAAAGCCCUUAGGAAGAGAUAGUAAUACUAGCUCACUAUAGAAUUCAAGAUCAAACGGUAAUACUAUGAAAUAAAUAGAUCAAAAUAAAGGUUUAAGCAGUGUCAUCAGCCCAAAGCAUAAUCUUAACAGUCAGAAUAAUUCACAGUAAAUAAUGAGUCAGAAAUCAGGCGCAAACAAUAGUGUCAGUAAUUUGCUUUAGCAAAAGCAGAAUGCUCAAUAAGAGACUGUUCCUAAGAAAGACUAUGAAAAUGUAGUUAAAGAGAAUAAAGAGUUGAAGGACGAGAAUGAAAAGCUAAAAGCCAAAAUAGAAAAGAUGAAGCUAGAGUUCGUUUAGAUGUCUGAGAUGAUGGAGGAGAUUAUUUCUACUGAUAGGGAUUUUUCCCCACGUACUGAUUGA